AUGUUCACAACCCAUACCACUGGUGACCAACUCGGCUUCGUAGAUGUCUUCGGACGCUGUUCGCUUGCCUCGACGGAGUAUGCGCACUACCGUCUCCGAGCUUUCAGUCUACAUGUCAUUGCGGAGAGACUGAGAGCUGAGAAGGAAAGAUUUGACUGUACGCUGCAAGAGCUGUACUCGUGGAAAGAAAAGCAGCUUUCGAUUCUCCAAGGCAUCGAGAAACGAAGCGGUUCACCGUCUCUCGCAGACCCGGCCAGCAAGGACGCAGCUACGUUGAAGCUUGGUUUGGCAGAGCGUCGUAUCAGUGCAGAGCUUCGGAAGCGUUCCGAAGUUGAACCCAAGGAACUGUACAUCCACCAGACGCUCGCGGAUGUUCUUGGAGGGUACGCCAGGCUCGUACACCCUAGUCUCCUCGACAGAAUGUUCGGAUUGCUACCAACAGGGAAGCUACCACGGGAGGUUAGGGACAUGGUAUACGACCAUCUACUCCCAAGGGAGAGCACUUACACUAUCAAGUUAGCAGAAGAUAACACUGGCUUCUCCAUCCACAAAGGAGCACCGGACGGCACUCUACCUACUCCACCAAUGGGCUGUCCAUACCCCAUGAUAUCAACCACCCACCCACUAGCUGAUGAGAUCCUCGAAAGAUUCCAUUGGAGAACGACGUUCAUCAUUCAGAAGUACAUCUGCACGUUGCAGCCGUUGUCUAUUCACGAUAUUCUCGCAAAGCUUCCGUGGUGGUAG